CAAUUUUAGGAUUUGGAAGAAAAAGAACUCGACGUCAAACCAUGGAAGAAGCAUGUCAAUAGUAUGAUUGACUCGACCUUUGCCAACAUUUUGGCUGAGCGGGCAAACCCCGCGGCACAAUCGACCAAAGAACAGCCUGCGGCGGAUGAAACGGCAGAUUCUCAUGAAGAGAAGGACGACAUGGAAGAAGAUGAAGCGGGAAAGGAUAACGAAGAGACCAAGGACGCGUCGAUGGACGAAAACGAAAAUGAAGAGAGCCAAGAUGAUUUCGAAAGAGAAUUAUCUGAUGAUGAAUCGCGUUCGCCCAAAAAGAAGCAAAAUGAAGCAUCAAGGAAACGAAAACGGCCAAAGAUGGAGAGUGACAGUGACAACGACACAAAGGAGAAAUCACCAGAUAAAAAGAAAUCCGCCCCCAAAUCCCGAACCCGAAAAAGUGGAUCCGAAAAAAAGGCAAGCAAUGAGACUGAAGAAACCAUUAAACGUCUCAAGAUGUACAUCGGCAAAUGUGGUGUUCGCAAAAUUUGGCAAAAAGAAUUGGCCGAUUGUCCCACUGCCGCAGCCCAAAUCCGCAAAUUGAAAGCGAUCCUUGCCGACCUAGGCGUUGAAGGACGUCCUACGCUUGAAAAGUGUAUGAAAGUCAAAGCGGACAGAGAGCUCAAGGCGGAAAUCGAAAGUUUGGAUACGGGCAAUAUACUGGAUAAGAAAGACGAUGGCAUUAGCCUACGAUCACGAAACAGACGCAAGCGAAAGAUCAUCUCGGAUGAUGAAGACUCUUCAAGCGAUAAUGACGGUUCACAUCAUCAGUACCAAGAUGACAACGAGGAACCCACGACCACAUUAGACGUUUCAUUCUUGGGAGAUCAAAGUUCUGAUAGUGAAUAAAAACAAUGGUGAAAAGAAAAAAAAGUGGGAUCAUAAAACAUUUCAAGGACUCAAAUUAAAGAAAUGGAAGCAGUAUGAAUUGGAUCCAACGAGUAAUCAUGUGGAAGAACCAUUGCCACCAUGUUUCAUCUUCCACUACGGGAGGUCGCUCAGGCCAUGAUUGGCCUGUAAUUUGGAACGGAUGGGCUUCCGUAUUGAACACCCAUUCAUCCAAUGAGAUUCGCGGGUGAUGAGGAUCAUCAAAUAUCAAGUACAGAUAUUUGAACGUUUCAGCAAAGAGAAAG